AUCUCUCAUUUUCCUGUCAACAAAGGCGAUUAGGGGGUGCCAUUUUUGUAAAUAUUUAGACAAGUAAGUGUGAGGCUUUGGCAAAUUGGAAAUACAAGUCAAUGAAAAUCUCACAGCUUCCCUGGUCUCGGUAAGGCCAUUGCAGAAGGGGAGCGAAGAAGCUCGGCAGCUUUUCUCUGAAAGCGAAGGGUGGAUUAUGUUUUUUUAUAAUUUUGUCGAAAACUGCCCACUAAUCACUAGAGCGGUCUGUCAAAAUGGGUCAGGAGCUUUUGUCUCAGUGUCAAGUCAAAACAAGGACAUUGCUGUGGAUUGUGGGAAUGUUGUUUGCUGUGAUUUUAGUUGUCCAGCAUCUUGAGCUUCCAUAUGGUACUGUCUUAUCAUCUAUGCUCUCUGCUGCAAAGGUUCCAGUAGAGGGGAAAAGUCGCUUCCAAGCUGUGGAUUCGCCGUCUGAUUCUGAGGCUGUUGGUAACGUGUCGCUUUCUAAUGAUUUGAACUACACUGGUACAUAUGGAAUUCACAAGAUAGCUAACGAUACUAGGACCUCUGGUUUUGUAUUAGAAAGAAAUGAAGUCUCAAACAGAACUUUAGAAAUCGAUGAGGAUACAGGUGAUGAUCAGGAGGAGCCAUCUGAUAAUUUUGCAAAGCAAAAUAGAACUUUCAUUGUGGAAAAUGUCAACCCCUUGGAGACUGACGUUGAACAAGAGCAGCGACAUAGCUCUUUUGAAAAGAAAAAUACCACUGAUGCUACUUUUUCAGAAGGUGGGACUAGGAAUGAAAGUAAUACAACAGAUGAGGUUGUAAAUUCUACUGCUGGUUUUCCAACUGCUUCACCUGCAUCCCCAAUGAUAAAUUCAUCAUCGAUUGCAGCUCCAGCAAUUAUUGAAUCAAACGUUGGAGCACCCCCUAUAGCCGUUGGCUCAAAUGUGACUUUGGUUCAGAAAGAUCAAACAACCUUGUCCCAGAAACCCAAAAGCUCUGAGCAAUUGCAUAGUAACCUCAGCCGAACAGAACAAAGUUCUUCACCGACCAGGGUCCCAGAAAUGAACAAAGAGCCAGAGGUUCCAGCCUUGGAUGUAUAUUCAAUAUCUGAUAUGAACCAGCUGUUGCGUAAGAGUCGGUCCUCGUACCAUUCAGUGAAACCACGAUGGUCUUCAACAGUUGACCGAGAGUUGCUAUAUGCAGCAUCACAGAUUGAAAACGCACCCCUUCUAAAGAGUGAUCAGACUCUUUAUGCUCCACUAUACAGGAAUCUUUCCAUGUUUAAAAGGAGCUAUGAACUAAUGGAGAACACUCUUAAAGUAUACGUAUACCGGGAAGGAGAAAGACCUAUAUUACACUCCCCAUUUCUCAGGGGAAUAUAUGCUUCCGAGGGAUGGUUCAUGAAGCAGAUGGAAGCUGACAAGAGGUUUGUUACUAAAAACCCUCGGAAAGCCCACCUGUAUUACUUGCCUUUUAGCUCCCGAAGGUUAGAGGAAAGUUUGUAUGUACCCAAUUCACACAAUCAUAAAAAUCUUGUACAAUAUUUGAAGGACUAUGUGGACAUGAUUGCCGGGAAGUAUCCUUUCUGGAACAGAACUGGAGGAGCCGAUCAUUUUCUUGUUGCUUGCCAUGAUUGGGCCCCGUCAGAAACAAAGAAAAUUAUGGCUAAGUGCAUAAGAGCCCUCUGCAAUGCUGAUGUCAAAGAAGGUUUUGUAGUUGGCAAGGAUGUGUCUCUUCCUGAAACAUACAUCAAGAAUGAUAAGAAGCCUCUCAGAGAUCUCGGAGGCAAUCGUCCUUCCAAGAGGUCAAUACUCGCUUUCUUUGCUGGAAGCAUGCAUGGCUAUGUCAGGCCAAUUCUGUUGCAGCAUUGGGAAAACAAAGAUCCUGACAUGCAGAUCUUCGGUCAAUUGCCUGAGGGAAAGGGCAAUAAGAACUACGUCCGUCAUAUGCAGAGCAGCAAGUACUGUAUUUGCGCAAAAGGUUACGAAGUGAACAGUCCGCGAGUGGUAGAGGCCAUUUUCUACGAGUGUGUUCCGGUGAUCAUAUCAGACAAUUUCGUGCCUCCAUUUUUUGAAGUACUGAAGUGGGAGUCGUUUGCUGUUUUCGUGUUGGAAAAGGAUAUCCCGAAUUUGAAGAACAUACUCCUUUCGAUCCCGAAGAAGAAAUAUCUACAGAUGCAAACGAGGGUGAAAAAGGUGCAACAGCAUUUUCUGUGGCAUGCUAAGCCUGAGAAGUAUGAUAUUUUUCAUAUGACACUGCACAAUAUUUGGUACAAUAGACUCCAUCAGAUAAAACCCAAUUGACACAGUAACAUUCUAGUCAUGUAAAUUCUGUUUUUGUAUUUUUUUUUAUUGUUUAUUUUUGGAAGAAAGUGAAAUAACAAGCAAAUGUAGUGGCAGGUUGCAUUUGAAAUUUCAGAAACUUUUGGUACAUGAAUUGUUAUUAAAGUAUAUUGUAUAUAUCAAGGCAGAGAACUGGUCUUUGUUCUCUCAUGUAUAUUGGGAUAUAGCGCUCAACCACUAUUCAGUUGGUAAAUAAUUCCAAUUGGUUUGAUCUUGA